AUGAGCGGCUCCAGCGCAAACGUUCCCGACGCCUGGGACGACAAUUGGGAGACCGUCGCCGACAAGCCAGACACCGCCCCGCCCGGGCCGCAACCUCCGAAGAAGUUGACCAAGGCAGAGCGGAGGGCACAGCAUGCCGAGUUCAACAGGCAGUUGUGGGAGGCUGCAGAAACCCCAAAGGAAGCACCGCUCUUUUUGCAAGCGAGGCCCGAUGCACCCCUCAAGAACGACGUCAAGGCGCCUGUCAAGGUCCUCAGCCGAAAGCCCCCGCCAAAGAUCCUGUCGCGAGGCGAAGACGACGAAGACAGCGAGGAGGAAGAGGCGCGCAAGAAAGCGGAGCGAGAAUUCGCAGAACGCCAAGCGAGGGCGCAACAGGAGCGUGAAGAAAAACAACGCAGGUACGCCGAGGUGCGGGAAAGGCUGUUCGGUUCCUCCACGUCCGACGGCUCGCAAGAACGGUCCGCGUCACCUCGUGGCAAUGGCGGCAAGCAGUUUAGAGGCAAGGGCAGGGGUAGUAAAGGCGCUGAUCGAGGAGACUCGGAUGCCAAUUCCUCGGCGGACCAGUCUCCGGCGCGUGGCCAAGCGACUCCCAAGCGACACCUAUAUGACCCAGGCUACUCGGCUAAGCCGAAUUCAUCGUACGUGCAGAGGCAGCAGGACGGAUCGUCACGAUCUCGCUCCGGUACGCCAGGGGUGGAUCAGCCCAUUCGCGCUCCUCGUGGUCCCGACGGCGGUGGCAGAGCAGGCUUCGGCUUUGCUCCGAGAGGCGGGCGCGGAUCCUCUUCAUGA